ACGGUGCGGACGGGUCAGAAGCGUAGAGGCGGCGGCAAAAUGGCGGCGCCUGAGGAGCAGGAUCUAACCCAGGAGCAGACAGAGAAGCUGCUGCAGUUUCAGGAUUUGACUGGCAUAGAAUCUAUGGAUCAAUGUCGACAUACCUUGGAACAGCAUAACUGGAACAUAGAGGCUGCUGUACAGGACAGAUUGAAUGAGCAAGAGGGUGUACCAAGUGUUUUCAACCCACCUCCAUCACGGCCCCUGCAGGUUAACACAGCCGACCACAGGAUCUACAGCUAUGUUGUCUCAAGGCCACAACCAAGGGGGCUGCUCGGAUGGGGUUAUUACUUGAUAAUGCUUCCAUUCCGGUUUACCUAUUACACAAUACUUGAUAUAUUUAGGUUUGCUCUUCGUUUUAUACGGCCUGACCCUCGCAGCCGGGUCACUGACCCCGUUGGGGACAUUGUUUCAUUUAUGCACUCUUUUGAAGAAAAAUAUGGGAGGGCACACCCUGUCUUCUACCAGGGAACGUACAGCCAGGCACUGAAUGAUGCCAAGCGGGAGCUUCGCUUUCUUUUGGUUUAUCUUCAUGGAGAUGAUCACCAGGACUCUGAUGAAUUCUGUCGCAACACCCUCUGUGCCCCUGAGGUUAUUUCACUAAUAAACACUAGGAUGCUCUUCUGGGCGUGCUCCACAAACAAGCCUGAGGGCUACAGGGUUUCACAGGCUUUACGAGAGAACACCUAUCCAUUCCUGGCCAUGAUUAUGCUGAAGGAUCGGAGGAUGACUGUGGUGGGACGGCUAGAAGGCCUCAUUCAACCUGAUGACCUCAUUAAUCAGCUGACAUUUAUCAUAGAUGCAAACCAGACUUACCUGGUGUCAGAACGCCUAGAAAGGGAAGAGCGAAAUCAGACCCAGGUGCUGAGGCAGCAGCAAGAUGAGGCCUACCUGGCCUCUCUCAGGGCUGACCAGGAAAAAGAAAGAAAGAAACGCGAGGAGCGAGAGCGGAAGCGGCGGAAGGAGGAGGAAGUGAAACAGCAAAAGCUGGCAGAGGAGAGGCGGCGGCAGAAUUUACAAGAGGAAAAGGAAAGGAAGUUGGAGUGCCUGCCCCCUGAGCCUUCCCCUGAUGACCCUGAAAGUGUCAAGAUUAUUUUCAAAUUACCCAAUGAUUCUCGAGUAGAGAGACGAUUCCACUUUUCACAGUCUUUAACAGUUAUCCACGACUUCUUAUUCUCCUUGAAAGAGAGCCCUGAAAAGUUUCAGAUCGAAGCCAACUUUCCCCGGCGGGUGCUGCCUUGCAUCCCUUCAGAGGAGUGGCCCAACCCCCCGACGCUGCAGGAGGCCGGACUCAGCCAUACAGAAGUUCUCUUUGUUCAGGACCUAACAGACGAAUGACACCUUUUCUUCCUCUCCCCCCCACCCCAAUUCCUAAAAGAAAUGGAAAAGAAAAGAAAAAACGAGAGAAAAAUUCACAUUAUUAUUAUAAUAAUACAAUAUUUUUUUUAAAGACUGCUGCAUCCUAAGGAAGGAUCAGAAACCAUGCUGCCUGCAAGAGUCACCACCUGUGUGCGCGAGGUUAGUGAUGAACGUUCUGCCGGCAGCCCACCUUCCCCGCUGCCUUUGCACCACACACCUUCCAGCGAAAGGAGGCUCUCCGCCUCCAGCCCAGCCAUCGUCCCAGCGGGGAAGGGGACAUUCCCACUCGUUCUCGUUCAUUCUUGCUUUUAUGGAAAAUAAAAGUGACACACCUCCGUCAACCAGCUACUGCAGCAUCUCUAAGGACUUGUUUUCCUGCCUCCAGGGAAGAGAAGGCACAGAGCAGAGAUGUUCUUUAACUUCCCACAAUUUAUGAAUAACUUUUACUUUUUUUUUUUAGUUGCUUUGUAAUGACCAAAGGAAUGAGGCUGACAUGGGUGUAUUUUUCCCCCCUUUAUUUGAUAAAGCGCCAAUUCUUAAACCCAUGACAUGAUUUCAUCCCCUGGGCUCCUUAGCCCACAAGAGUAUAAUAAAGAAGCCCUGGCCUGG